AGGGGGAGGAGAUGCAGAGUGGAUGGCUCCAUAAAAUCACCAGAGGAACAUUAUUAGUUCACUGAUCUGCUGCAGAGAGAAGCUGUGUCUGAGAUCAGGAGGUGUUUUAAGUUUGCGUUUAUAAGAUCAUGACGAGGCUCCUCUUGGCUUUAUUUGCGGUGCUAUGUUGGACUUCAGCACAGUCACAAAUUAAUCUUAGAUCCCUUGAGGAACUUGGAUCGGACAUUGGAAUUCAGGUGUUCAAUCAGGUGGUGAAGACUAAACCUCAUGACAAUGUGGUCAUAUCCCCUCAUGGAAUUGCUUCUGUAUUGGGAAUGCUUCAACUGGGGGCUGAUGGGAAGACGAAAAAGCAGUUGACAACAGCAAUGCGCUAUAAAGUGAAUGUGGUUGGAAAAAUACUAAAGCGAAUCAACAAGGCGAUAGUAGCAAAGAAGAAUAAGGACAUUGUCACCACAGCCAAUGCUGUGUUUGCCAACAAUGGAUUCAAGAUGGACGAUGCCUUUGUCUGCAAGAAUAGAGAGAUUUUUCAGAGCCAUGUAAGAAAUGUUGACUUCCAGGACAGAUACACAGCUGCUGCUAUGAUCAACCAGUGGGUAAAGAAUGAAACAAAGGGCAUGAUCGACAACCUGUUGUCCGCUGAUUUAUUGGACAGCUCCCUGACCAGGUUAGUUGUAGUCAAUGCACUGUAUUUCAAGGGACUUUGGAAAUCUCGUUUCCAGCCUGAAAACACAAAAAAACAAACUUUCCAUGGACCAGAUGGCAAGACUUCUCAAGUACCAAUGCUGACCCAGCUUUCCCUGUUCAGGAGUGGGUCAGCCAGUACUCCUAGUGGCCUGUGGUACAAUGUAAUAGAGCUGCCUUAUCACGGUGGAAGUGUCAGUAUGAUGGUUGCACUGCCCACUGAUGAAAAUACCCCUCUCUCUGCAAUUAUCCCUCACAUCAGUACGAAAACCUUGCAGAGUUGGAUGACCAUGACACCGAAGAGAGUCCAGCUCGUUUUACCAAAGUUCACAGUGGAGGCCGACGCUGAUCUAAAUGAACCUCUGAAAAACCUUGGCAUCACUGAUAUGUUUGACACGUACAAAGCCAACUUCACAAAAAUUACCAGGGCGGAACACAUUCAUGUGUCGCAUAUUUUGCAGAAAGCUAAAAUAGAGGUGAAAGAAGACGGUACAAAGGCCUCUGCAGCCACCGCUGCAAUUUUAAUAGCAAGAUCAUCUCCCCCCUGGUUUGUAGUGAACAGACCGUUUUUGUUUACCAUCACACAUAACCCAACAGGUUCUGUGUUGUUCAUGGGGCAAGUAAACAACCCCUCCUAAGGAUGCUUACAGACGAAUGAGGCAACCAUGUCCCGUGCAUUGAUUGUUUAGAUAUUUGUACGGUGCUCUAGUUUGUAUGUGAGUUCUCAAAUGGGAUGACAUUGUGUUUUUUUUUUCUUUUUUUCUUUUCCCCCUAAUGAUUUUUAGAUGGCAUUUUGAUAACGGUUGAGGGUAUAUGUACUACUGAAAGCUUUUUCUUUUUUUGUGUUAGGUAUUUAGGAUUUUUUUUUGUGUACUUUUACUUUUCAGCUACUUUGUAAUAUCCCCAUACCCCAGUUGUGCCACCCUUUUACUUGCAGUGGUGCUUUUAUUCAUUGAACAAAUUGUGGUAUAUGUGACCAUGCACUAUUUUGGCCACCAAUCUAGUGGUAUUUGUGACUAGAGAUCCUGGGCAUUGCCAUUAAGCCAAACACUAUUUGUGGCCUGUGUCCAGGGCUUUGGCACCCAGACAUGCAGUGUAUGUGGCCUUUCACAGUCAGAAUAUAUGAAGGUUAACUUUUGUAUUAAUAAUUUUCAUGUCUUCAUAAGAGAGAUUUGACUGCAUUCCAUUCAUUUUGUAAGAACUGGAAAUUGGACUGUACAAUUUAUAUUUCUUGUAACAAAUGAUGCAUGUGUUAUUUUAAAUAAAACAUUCCAGACUGCAUCUCUUAUUUGAGGUGCUUUAAAUUUG